GCCGCGCGGGCUGCGAUGUCGGGGUCCCGGAUGUCGGGGUCCCGGCCGGGGCGCGGCGAGCCGGGGGCCGGGGGCGCGCGGCGGGCGCGGGAGCCGCCGGAGCAGGAGCUGCGGCGCCGCCGGGAGCAGAGGCGGCGGCGCCACGACGCGCAGCAGAGGCAGCAGCUCCAGCACCUGGAGUCCUUUUAUGAGAAACCUCCUCCGGGGCUCAUCAAGGAAGAUGAGACGAAGCCGGAGGACUGUAUACCAGAUGUGCCAGGCAACGAGCACGCCAGGGAAUUCCUGGCUCAUGCGCCAACCAGAGGGCUCUGGAUGCCCCUGGGCAAGGAGGUCAAAGUGAUGCAGUGUGAGUGCAAGCGCGUCCGGUGCUCCGAGACACGCGCAGGUUGGCGCUGUAAACGGUACGGUCACCGAACGGGCGACAAGGAAUGUCCUUUCUUUAUCAAAGGCAACCAAAAGUUAGAGCAGUUCAGAGUAGCACAUGAAGAUCCCAUGUAUGACAUCAUCCGAGAGAAUAAAAGACAUGAGAAGGAUAUAAGGAUACAGCAGUUAAAGCAGCUGCUGGAGGAUUCCACCUCAGAUGACGAUGGGAGCAGCUCCAGCUCCUCGGAAUGUAGGGAGAGGCACAGGAAGAGGAAGAAGAAAGAAAAGCAUAAGAAGAAGAAGAAAGAGAAGAAAAGAAAGAAGAAACGGAAGCAUAAGUCUUCCAAGUCAAGUGAGAGCUCGGACUCAGACUGACAGCCGCCCGGCCUGUCCGUGUUCUCGGCUCAGAAUCACACGCUGUGGCCGAGAACAGAGGGCUGGAGGCGGAGAGGGGACGCCCAGGACCACAUCUGGUGUCACACACACGAGUGACCUCUCACCCACCUUCCCGGGAAGCUGUGACCCCCGAGAGAGACUCUUCCAGGUGCCCAGGCUGGACGGUGCUGACUUUGCAGGACAGGCCCUGCCAGUCCCCCUCCUGCCGGGCACUGUGGCCCGCGAUGCCCAGAAAGCCGGGGUGUCCAGACGACAGCCUCUGAGGACACGCCUCCGGGGGCUGCACCUCCACACGAGGCUGCUGAGUUCCCACUUCAGGCUCCACUCUGGUCUGUUGUUGAAGAUAAUAAAAGCUCAUUAUUUAUUUUUCAAA